UUAACAGAGGCUUCGCCUCUACUACAGGCUUUACGGUAGCAACAUGGCCACUAACUUCAUAGUAAAUAUGGACAUAUGCUCGCUUGUUGCAAGGUUAUGACACUUUGAUUUUGGACAUAUCACAACUUUGAAAUGAAACUAUCUCUUUUAACACGGGGACGUCUCGUUUACCGGACAGCUGUCCUCCUUAAAAACAGCUACUCUGUGUCUGCAGUCAGAGACAGCGCUGCACUUCUGCACAGAAACCACGGCGAGCCCUCACAAGUCCUCCAGUUGGAGGACUUGGUUCUGCCACAAAUGGGACCUGAAAGUGUCCUGGUGAAAAUGCUGGCGGCUCCCAUCAACCCCUCUGACUUAAAUAUGAUUCAAGGCACAUAUGCCAUCCUGCCUGAGCUUCCAGCGGUGGGGGGCAAUGAGGGUGUGGCCCGGGUCAUGGAGGUGGGUGACGAGGUGAAGGCGCUCAAGGUGGGCGACUGGGUGAUUCCAAGAGAUGCCGGCAUAGGAACGUGGAGAACAGCAGCUGUGUUGAAGGCUGAUGAUCUGGUGACUUUGCCUAAAGACAUUCCUGUGCUGUCUGCUGCCACUUUGGGAGUCAAUCCCUGUACAGCGUUUAGGAUGCUCUCAGACUUCGAGGAGCUCAAACCAGGAGACACAGUCAUCCAGAACGCAGCUAACAGCGGCGUCGGACAGGCUGUUAUCCAGAUUGCUGCUGCUAAGGGCAUUCAAAGCAUCAAUGUCGUCAGAGACAGGCCUGACCUGCAGCAGCUCUCUGAGAGACUGACAGCACUGGGAGCCACACACGUCAUCACAGAGGAGACACUAAGACGGCCAGAAAUGAAGGAGCUUUUCAAGUCGUGUCCUCGGCCUAAACUAGCUCUGAAUGGAGUUGGAGGAAAGAGCGCCACAGAGCUGUUACGUCAUUUACAAAGUGGAGGCAGCAUGGUGACCUACGGUGGGAUGGCCAAACAACCAGUCACUGUUCCAGUGAGUGCACUGAUCUUCAAAGAUGUGAAAAUAAGAGGUUUUUGGGUGACCCAGUGGAAGAGAGACAACAAACAUGAUGAAGACGCCUUACGUAACAUGCUGGAUGAACUCUGCAUCCUGAUUCGUGCUGGGAAGCUGUCGGCUCCAGCUUGCACUGAAGUGUGCCUUCAAGACUUCAGAAAGGCCCUGGAGAACGCCAUGAAGCCGUAUGUCUCCACCAAACAAGUUUUUGUCAUGUGACCUCAUUUGAAUCCAGUUAGAUUUAUCAGCUGUUUUGGCUUUGAUUUUAAAUGCAUUGACAUUUAUUGCAUACUUGGUAUUUAUGAGCAUCAUAAGGAUUUUCAGUCCAUCAGACAUCACUCUACAUUUAUAGUGACUACAUACAGAUAACUGGAUAAUGUACAAAGAGUAUGAGUUUGACUAGUUGCCAAGAAAGCCUGAGCAUUUGUUUCAUCUCAAGCAUUAUUGUUGCUUUAUCACAUGUAGUCAAACACAAAAACCCUCAUAUGGGGCAUAUGUUAAAGACAGACAUUCAUGACAUUUAUAAGGCCUUGUUACAGAAUGAAUAAUGAGAAAUAAUGACAUGUUAAAAAGAUAAACAACAUUUCUUCGA